UAGAGCAUCAUCCUCUCUACUCUCUCUACUCUGUAGUAGCAGAAAAUAAACACAGCAGUCAAGCACGGGAAUGGUGUACAUGUAGUCAGCAGAGGUCAAUCGUUCACAACAAAAGUGUCGUGUGGUGGAUGGUGAGAAAGUUGUCUGCUGGUAAAUUUGACUUUAUGUUGCAAACUCAAGUCAUACACACAUUGUAGAUAUGACUGCAUUAAUUGAGACAUAUUAAACGAGAAAGUGACCUUUGUGCCUUAUGGGGAGGAAGUUGAAUUCAUUCUGAUGCUUUGUUAAGCCUUAGGAGCCAUGGCAACAGACAGGAAUGAGGCAUUAUGGGACAGCUCGGCAGCUAUCAAACAAUGGGAUAGACUUGAUGUAGAAUCGUCAAACGCAUUGUUGAGUCACGAUGAGGAAGAUGACUAUGGUGAAUGGAUGCGCCCAGUGGUGCAUUGGCAGAAUCUGUCAAGGCAACGAAGUGAUCGCUGUAUGGGGGUGCUGACUCUUUCCUGUUUGUUGCUGCUGGUUUUGGUUGUAGCCACUGUUGGCUACGUUUGUAAUAGAGAAAGACCACAUACAACAACAUGUUUAGAACCAAGGUGCAUUGAGUCAACAGCCAACAUCCUACGUGUUAUGGACCUGGAUGCAGAUCCCUGCCAGGAUUUCUAUCAAUAUGCCUGCGGUAAAUUCAAAGAUGUUACAGAGAUUCCUGAAGGACGCUCCAAAUGGGGAUCCUUUUCUAAGGUGGGGCUACGCAACAAACAUCUCAUGAGAAAGCUUCUAGAAAGAGACGGGUUUGAAUAUAAAGGUGUGCAUAGUGAAGCAUUUGAGAAGGCUAAGAAGUACUUUCAAACCUGUAUGAAUGAGACUCUUACAGAGGAAUCUGGAGCUGCACCUCUAUUAAGGGUAGUGGAAUCGUUUGGAGGAUGGAGCAUGUUAAGCAAUGAGACGCUAGCCGGCCAAUGGAAUGAAACUACAUGGAAUCUAACGACUCGUUUAAUUCAGCUCCAUAAGAUGAGGAUGUUCUCUUUAUUUAAUAACGACAUUGGACCAGAUGACCGAGAUUCUACUGCAAAUAUCAUGAAGUUUUACCAGUCCGGCCUUGGUCUCUCUCUUCCUGAAAUAUAUAAUGGAAACAGUACUGUACAAAAAUAUUUAGAUGGUUAUAUUGAACUUGGUGCAACCGCAGUGACCUUACUUCGAUCACAUGACUACCCUGGGGUCAUGGAGCAUGCUCAUGUGAAAGAAGAAGCCAGGAGACGUAUGCAGGAAAUACUGGAGUUUGAGACCAAACUAAGCAAGUUGUUUGUUCCCAAAAGCAAGUUGCAAGAUCCAGAGCAAAUCUACAAUAAGCUACCCCUCCAGGAGUUAAUAGAAAUGAUACCUGAGAUUAACUUGCCAGCUUACAUGACUGAAACAUACGGCGAAGAAAUCUCAAGUUCACUCGAGGUCAUAGUUUACACUCCGUCGUACUUCCCUAAGCUGAAUCAACUCAUUAAAGAAACACCCCCACAAUUAGUCGCAGACUACACAAUGUGGUACAUGAUCAGGCCAUACCUGGGCUACCUCUCCAGACCCUACCAAGAUGCAAUUAUGGUUUUCAGCAAGGUGGUCAGUGGAGUGGGAACCAAGCUACCAUUGUGGCAGCUCUGUAUGUCAAGGGUGGACUCUGCUUUUGGGUUUGUAACCGGAGCCCUGUAUGUAGAGGAAGAAGAUUCAGAGAAAACCAAGAAAAAGGCUCUGGAGAUGAUUGAAGACAUACGCUUUGCAUUUCUGGAGAAUCUUCCCCUUGUUGAAUGGAUGGAUGAUGAGACAAGAGAAAGAGCUGAAGAUAAAGUCAGAGCCAUCAAAAAUAAAAUUGGCUUCCCCGAUUGGAUCCUGGAUCCCAAAAAGCUGGAUGAAUAUCAUGAUGGGCUUUCCAUUUCAACAGAAAACAGCUUGGACAGCAUAGUGAACAUCGUGAGAUUUUUCAGGCAGAAAGGUCUGAAGGAUUUUGGAACUCCUGUUGACAAAACAAGAUGGAGCAUGGCCCCAGCUGAAGUGAAUGCAUAUUACAGUGCUUCUUUAAACCAGAUGGUAUUUCCAUCUGGUAUACUUCAGCCUCCAUUCUUUGACAACAAUGUACCAAUGUCAAUGAACUAUGGAGCCAUUGGGAUGAUCAUGGGCCAUGAACUGACGCAUGGAUUUGAUAACACUGGCAGAAAGUUUGAUAAAUUAGGAAAUCUGCGUGAUUGGUGGGAGAAUCAGUCUGCUGUGGCGUAUGAAGCCAGGGCUGACUGUAUGGUCAAUCAGUACUCACAGUAUCAGUUUGGGGAGAAAAACCUCGAUGGACAUUUCACUCUAGGGGAGAACAUCGCCGAUAACGGCGGAGUGAAGAUAGCCUACAUGGCAUACAAGAGAUGGCGUAAAGACAACCCUCAUGAUCUGCAACUUCAGCUCAAUCUGACCUUGUCUCAAGAAUUCUUCCUUGGGAUGGCGCAGGUGUGGUGUAGCUACGAAACACCACAGUACUCUGAUCUUAUGAUACUCACUGACCCACAUGCCAUUGAUCAAUUCAGGAUAAGAGGAGCCUUGUCUAAUUUGCCAGAGUUCAGCACAGCCUUCAACUGCCCUAGUGGGAGCCCGAUGAACCCAGAACACAAGUGCCAGGUCUGGUGAUUGAUGUUACACUGAUGCACAUACAAAAAUCAAGUCUUGUCAUUGUUUUAAAUUUACAAAUUUAAAGGCACUGGACACUAUUGAUAAUUUCUCAAAAACAAUUGUUA